CAGUACUGCCUUACAUGGGCAAUUUUCAGAGCUUGGGUGUCUCUGCCGGCUGGAAUUCACAGCCUGUGACGUCACUGCCUGCGGCUCUCCCAGUUUUUUUGGGGGAAAAAGAAGUUUCACUUUUUGUUGGGAUUUGAAACUCAUUGAUUCUUAGAAAGCGAGACUCGACGAAAGCUUCAGAAGGAAGGACGUGCAAAAGACCUUUAUGAGUGUGUUCGCUCAAGAGUGAUUUUAAGCUGCUGUUGAAGAGCUGACGUACUCUUUUGAAACUUAUGGUAUAAAUCAUGUCUCACCCAUCAUGGAAUCCAUCAAAGACUGGAGGUGAAAACUCUGGUCAGGUGACUGCAAGGAUGGAGACCACGCCCUCCUUCGGGAUCCCCAGUAUCUCUGUGUCUCAGCAGCAAGAGCCCAAGAAGUUUGCACCUGUUGUUGCACCAAAGCCAAAGUUCAACCCGUAUAAGCAGCUGGAGGAGACUGGGUACACUGAAGCUGGAGGGGACUUCCUGCCACCUCCCCCCCCCAUGGAGGAUCUGGCCAAUCUACCCUCACCCCCCGGGACCUUCCAACUCCCACCCCCCCCUCCGGACGGAGCACUCUUCAAUGUGCAGGUCAGGACCCCUGAGAAGUCACUGCAGGAAAGGCGCUCGAGUCUAGAUGCUGAAAUUGAUUCGCUCACCAGCAUUCUUGCUGACCUGGAGAACAGCUCCCCCUACAAGCCCAGACCACAGCAGAACUACGGAGGAACCUUGUCAAACACCUCAACGUUAUCCACUCCCGUCACUGGACACAAGCGCAUGGUGAUCCCGACCCAGCCGCCCCUGACGGCCACCAAGAAAUCUGCCACCAAGCCCCAGCCUGCUGCUGCUCCUGCUGCUGCUGCUCCUGCUGCUGGCAUCCCAGUGCCCAAACCGCAGUCCAUGCCUCAGCCUGUCCCUGCCUCCUACACCACAGCCUCCACUCCCAGCCGUCCGACCUUCAAUGUGCAGAUGAAGAGCGCCCAGCCCAGUCCUCAUUACGUGCCCCCGGGGCCGCAGGGCUUAUCCCCGGCCUAUAAUCAGCAGUAUCCCCAACAACCAUCUCGAUCCCCCGGCCCGGUCCAGUACAUGCCUGCCCAGCCCCGCAGUCUUGAUUUUGCGUACGGCCCCCCGCAGCCACCACGCCAGCCCGAACCCAUGGCCAGCCACGCUCCUCCUCCUCCAAGGGCUUACUAUGAGCCCCAGUACCCUGGAGGAGCUGGUCAAGGCGCUGCCUACGGAGCUCAGAACACCUGGAGACCAGAGCCAGCUUAUCCCACCGCUCCCACCACUGGCCCAGGAUAUCAGCCUCCAGGGCCCAGGAAGACAUACAUCACCGACCCGCCACCAACCAUGGCCCCAACACCCAUGGCACAGUAUGGAGCUCCCCCGGGAAUGCAGCAGAAGGGUGGUUCCAUGCCCCCCAUGCCCCCUGGCCCUGUUCCCAGCCAUGCCACAGCAGCCCGACCCGAGGAUGAACUCGAACGCCUCACCAAGAAGAUGCUGUACGACAUGGAGCACCCUCCCUCCGAGGAGUACUUUGGUCGCUGCUCGCGAUGCUCGGAGAAUGUGGUGGGUGAAGGCAGCGGCUGCACCGCCAUGGACCAGGUCUUCCACGUGGAGUGCUUCACCUGCGUGACCUGCAGCCGCAAGCUCCGAGGACAGCCUUUCUACGCCGUGGAGAAGAAGGCUUACUGUGAGCCCUGCUACACCAACACUCUGGAGCAGUGCAACGUCUGCAAGACGCCCAUCAUGGAGCGCAUUCUACGAGCCACGGGCAAGGCCUACCACCCCCACUGCUUCACCUGCGUGGAGUGCCACCGCAGCCUGGACGGCAUCCCCUUCACCGUAGAUGCAGGGAACCACAUCCACUGCAUCGAGGACUUCCACAAGAAGUUUGCUCCGCGUUGCUCUGUGUGUAAGGAGCCCAUCAUGCCGGCCACUGGUCAGGAGGAGACUGUCCGCAUCGUGGCGCUGGACCGCGACUUCCAUGUGCAGUGUUACCGCUGUGAGGACUGUGGAUCUCUGCUUUCAGAGGGGGACAAUCAAGGCUGCUACCCGCUGGACGGACACAUCCUCUGCAAAACCUGCAACACCGAGCGCAUUCAGACACUGACCGCGAAGGCCAGCACAGACCUCUGAGGGACCACACCUUACCGAUAGAAAGAAAGAAGGAUCAAACUCACACAAAAACACACAGUAUAAACAACACAGAUAUGUAUACACGCAAUCACAUAUUUUAUUGUAAUUCACAUUCAUGUAAAAUGUCAGCCCUUUCCGGUCCAGGUUUUAAAUAAAAAAAGAGAGUUUUGUAGGGUGUGUUUCUGACAUCAGACAUGGUCAAGCAGCGAGUCUGGAUUGCAAUUCAAAAGCUCCUGCUGUAUACUAACCUGCCAUGCAAUCGGGUUGCCCUCAUGAAUUUGGAGAGACUCAAGCUGCAGGACAAAAGAAAAUUAGAGUUUUUUGUUUUUUUUCCAAGGUCCUAAGUUUCUGAGACAAAUUCGUUUUAAAGUUGCUGAGGAGUUAACUUCUCUCUUUCAUUUGCACAGGUAAAGGUGCUUUUGCUUGUGAGUGCUUAGCACAACUCGCUUUCUCAUAGCUGGGUUUGAACCAACACCUUUCUGUACUGAAGCCCAGAGCUCAAACCAACUGGCGUUAUGCAUGCCACAUUCCAUUCGCUGAUUCCUUCAAACAGCUUGUCAGAGAAAUGAAAUGACAGAACUGUAGGCCCUGCUGUCAGGGCUGCGUGUUUGCGUGUCCAGCGACACGGCUGCAUGCUUGCUGUACAUGCUCUUCAGUGUCAGAAGCACACCAUUUCCAUGCUGUGACUCCUCGUGCCUUUCAGGUUAGUUGUGCAGAGAGCGUGCACUGCACCACACAGUGUCACAAAUGGACCAUGCGUGCCUUUAUAAUGUAAAUGUAUUAUGAUUUGGAAAGGGUUCAACAAAAAAUAAUAUAGUAAAAUCACACCGUACUCACACACACACACACACACACACAUAUAUAUACUGUAUAUUAAUCACUGAGAACCUGGAAUUAACUACAGUGACUUGUGUUGGUCAACCAAGGCAAAUAUGCAAAGCUCCUUCCAUGGGACAAUUGCACGGUACACCCUUGGCCAGCUGUGCUAUUCAGUGCUUUGUGAUAUCAAAGUGGGCUAGUAAAUAGCCACCGAUAUACUUGUGUGAAAGCAUGUUUACUCCAGUAAUGUUAAAUCAUGACUGAUGUUGGUUAGGACAAAGUGGAGAGCCUUUUUUAAUGGAUUUUGGACUUAGUUGAUUCCAAGUUCUUCUUUUGUUUUUAUUGUUAAAAUGAUUUAUCUAUACAUAUGUAGUAAACAGCAACAAGAACAAUAAUGUAUCUAUAGCCGUGUCGAAAGAUAUAGCUCAUUUCACCAAAGAUUGUACUUGAAAACUUAAAACAAAAUCGCUCUCUCGCUCUCUCUCUCGCGCUCUCGCUCUCUCGCUCUCUCGCUCUCUCUCUCUCUCUCUCUCUCUCUCUAUAUAUAUAUAUAUAUAUAUAUAUAUAUAUAUAUAUAAUCGAUAUGCAUUUACAAUCAUUUGCAUUGACACUUUAUUUAAGAGCUAUGCAGGUUACUUCGCUAUAACUGUAAUGUUUAUACCAGACGGAUGAAAGCACAAUAAGCGAAACAAAGGGUUGUGUUUUAACAGGUGCAGCUGUUAACGUUAUCCAGAUUCUUUUACAUCCUCCAUUAAAGGCAACAGAGAAAAUCAAGCUAUUGAAUGCAAAGAGAUACAUAUUGAGCCUCCUGUAUCAAGUCUUCUGCCAGAUGACAUCUAAAACCGUGUUCACGUGCUUGAUUGCAAUCCAGAACGUGAGAUCUGGGUAUGUUGUCAAUGGGAAUGUAUGGCAUUCGCUUAUUAUUGAUACAAGCAAACCCACUGGUAUAAACACAAUAUAUCAUGUUAUAUUAUUAUGUAAUCUUUUCUAUUUAACUUUGUUCCUAUAAACUUUUUUAAAACUUUUUAUAGCCUUUUUUUUUAAGGUCUCAAUUAAGAAUAUUAUAGAAACUGUGAUUGUGCUGCCAGAUUAUAAAUUGUCCAGAAUGCUGUCAGAAUAAUAUCGAGUGAUUGCUUCCCACUGAGGAAUAAGUGUUUACAAUCAAGUUGAGGAGGAUAUCAUUCACAAUGCAGUUUGCUGUAAUCAGCUGGAACCUGACAAUGAAAGAUUGGCCUGCUGUAAUAUCCUGAUUGCAGCAAACUUUGGUAAAGAUGCUGAAUCACUUGUUUGUUUUUUUGUGUGUUUUUUUUAAAUCUAUUUUAGUUUUAAAGAUGUUGAUGGAUUUUUUGUUGUUGGUGGUGGUGGUGGUGUUUGUUGUUUAUUUGGAAGCCUUUUGUGAUUCAGGGGGGCAGAGCAGUGUCUAAAUGCAAGUCAAUGACUUUGUGCCUUCCCUUUUCUCUGCUUCUCUACCACCUAUACCACCUACUUAGUAAUGGAAGUGAUACAAUUUCCUGCUCAGGUCAUUUCAAAUCUCCCAGUUCUAAAGACUAAUCUUCAGCUUGCUUUUCUUUAUGGACAGCAGAUGUACAGGAAUGCUCACUCGUGUCUGCCUAAAAAUAAACGCCUUGCUGCCUUGGGGGCACGCC